AUGUCGAACUCCCUAGAAAGAGAAGCCCGUCGGCAGAGGAUUAUUUUGAGCCAGAGUCAAAAGGAUACUCUCUGUGCAUGGUUCGAAAAGAACCCUUAUCCUGACUUAGCUGCUAGGGAGUCUAUGGCCAGAGAAAUGGGCAUCUCAGAGUCCCAAAUUCUGACUUGGUUUCAAAAGCACAGACGACUCAAACAACGGGAGUUUGAAUGCUUCUUUAGAAAGAAUCAACCUCAGGGGCAGGCCAAGGCUCAAUUUAAGACUCAAGUCCAAGGGGGAGGUAAGGACCCCAGAGAGCUCACAGACCUGGCAACGCUGCCUCUCAGAGUCUCUCCUCAGCCUCUACCUGGUAACCAACCAUUGCAGCACCAAGAUGAGUAUUUCUUUCUGCACUUUUGGGAUGAGUGGUUCCAGUCAUUCAUUGCUGAAUGGGAACCUGAGAAAGGCUACUACUGGUCUCCUGGCCAGAGUGAGGUACAGGAGAUACAGGAUCAGGGCCAAUCACCUGAAAAUUCUUCUCAGCUGUCUCAGGAAGCUCAACAGCACCAGGUGUGA